AUGACUCUGAGCUCAGGGCUCAGGGCUGUGAGCACGGGGCUCAGGGCGGUGAGCACAGGGCUCAGGGCGGUGUGCACAGGGCUCAGGGCUCAGGGCGGUGAGAACAGGGCUCAGGGCUGUGAGCACAGGGCUCAGGGCGGUGAGCACAGGGCUCAGGGCGGUGAGCACAGGGCUCAGGGCGGUGAGAACAGGGCUCAGGGCGGUGAGCACAGGGCUCAGGGCGGUGAGCACAGGGCUCAGGGCGGUGAGCACAGGGCUCAGGGCUCAGGGCGGGCGGUGAGAACAGGGCUCAGGGCUGUGAGCACAGGGCUCAGGGCUCAGGGCGGUGAGAACAGGGCUCAGGGCUGUGUGCACAGGGCUCAGGGCGGUGAGAACAGGGCUCAGGGCUGUGAGCACAGGGCUCAGGGCUGUGAGCACAGAGCUCGGAGCUCAGGGCUCAGGGCUGUGAGCACAGGGCUCAGGGCUGUGAGCACAGAGCUCGGAGCUCAGGGCUCAGGGCUGUGA